GGUGUACCACGCAUCUACGUGACGGAGAUAGAUGGAUGGUUCUACUGUAGUGUGUGGAUGUGCGUGUGUGUUCCAUUGUAAAUUUGUGUAGUUCUACACUGUCCCUCUGGGGCUCUUGCAUGCAGGGGAGGAGGAGGGUCUGAAAGUUUUAUCAGUCCAAAAGCCACAUGCAAAGGCUUCCCUGGCUUUUCUAAUUAGCAAUUUGAUGAGCAGGGUUAUGGCCUGCUGGGUUAUGGCUGGGGAUGACAGGGGAUCUUGAAUGUUUACAGUGUGAUCGAAGGGCCUCCAGCCAGCCUAGCGAGGGACAGAGACAGGAUCAGCCAUUAAGAAUGGUCUCUCUCUCUCUCCAUCUUCCGCUCUCUCUCCCUCUCUCUUAUUCUGUCUCUCUGUCUCUCUCUCUCGCUAUCGCUCUCUCUGUCUCUGUGUGUGUCUCUCUCUCUCUUCUUUCUAGAGGUGACUGUUGUAAAUAAUGCUGAUUGCGUGUGACAGGGAGAAAUGAAACAGGCACUCUGAGUGGAGUAAGGAGAAGUGAGCACAUGUGAUAUCAUUUUCGUUGUCACAAAGGCAGCAGAGGAAUAUGUUAUGCAUUUGAAUGGGAGAGCGAGGAGAGAGUCCUAGUCUCUCUCUAGUCUAGACUGCUGUGGUUGGCUACGGGAGAUUGUUUCAAGCAUUUACUCUCUCCUGAUACUCCUCGGCUCUCUUUACAGCAUACAAUUGAAUAAUAUCCCACUUGUAGUAUACAAACAGAUAUAAAUAGCAAACCUGAGUGACACAGAGCUCUAUUACAUUUUUAAACGGUUCAGUUUUACAGGGGUAUUGCUCAUUCAACCUCUCACUGAAGGUGGAACGACUGUGAACCAAAUGCUAUUCCUCUAACGUGAGUCUGCUCGAUUUGAGAAUAAAAAUCAUUCAAACCUACUAGUUUCUAUUUUAUUAUUUGGCAUGCUUUUAUCCAUCGAUAAAGAGAACAUGGUUAGUGUUUGCCAUGUGUAUUCUGUGUCGAAGUUAUACUCAUCAUUUCUAUCUAUAUAUCUCUCUUUGGCUUCCCAAACUGUUAUAAAAUAAAGAUUGACGUACAUGUAUUUAUGUGUUUAAAAUUGAAAUGUUUCUGUCCGCUAUCUAAAUCCUGUAAACUACAUGGCUAUGAUGCAAUAAAGGAAUGAUGGAACAUCAGAAUUGCAUUUGACGUUACAUCACUUAUGACAUCACAAACGAGUCAGUUCCGUGAAUUUAAACACGUGGCAGCUGUUCAUUCACCUGUCAUUCUGUGUUCUUGAGCUAGCUUCGAUAACGUGCAAAUUAGGUCCAAAAUCUCCAAAAUGAAUUCUUUGUAUGUUGGUGACCUCCACCAAAACGUCACCGAGGCAGACCUAAACAAGAUGUUUCGUGAGGCCGGACCAAUCUCUUCUGUCCGUGUAUGUAGGGAUCGGGUUACACAUCGUUCCCUCGGGUACGCCUACGUUAACUUUUAUCAGCCAGACGAUGCUGAGCGUGCCCUGCUCAUGUUCAGCAAUGAUAUACUCGAAGGAAGAUAUCUGCGCAUCAUGAGGUCUGAUCCUGACUGUACCCUGAGGAAAAGUGGGGUGGGAAACAUCUUCAUCGGGAACCUGGACAAGAAGUCUAUAACAAAUAAAAACCUGUACGAGACCUUCUCAGCAUUUGGAGACAUCUACUCUAGCAAGGUAGUUUGUGACGAGAAUGGCCAUUCCAAGGGUUAUGGUUAUAUUCAAUACAAGACCCAGGAGGCUGCUGAUAGAGCCAUCGAGAAAUUAAAUGGCAUGUUAAUGGAUAACGAAAAGGUGUUUAUCGAGCGCUUUAAGUCAUGCAAAGAGCGAGAGGAGGUGCUUGGAGCCAAGGCCAGAGAGUUCAACAACGUGUUUGUCAAGAAUCUUGGCAGAGACACGAACGAUGAGACACUGAUGGAGCUUUUUGGGAAAUAUGGACCAACCGUUAGUGUCAAGGUCAUGAAAGACGAUAACGGGAAGUCGAGUGGGUUCGGUUUUGUUUGCUUCGAGAGGCCUGAGGAUGCACAGAGAGCCGUGAAUGAGAUGAGCGGGAAGGAGCUAAACGGGAGGCUGAUAUAUGUAGGCCGCGCCCAGAAGAAAGCAGAGCGCCAGACGUUGCUGAAACUCAAGUUUGGGCAGAAGAAGUCUGAUCCCAAGGCCAAAUACAGAGGUAUAAAUCUCUUUGUAAAGAACCUGGAUGAUGCCUUUGAUGAUCACCGUUUAAGGAAGGCGUUUUCUGAAUUCGGAACAAUCAUCAGCGCCAAGGUGAUGACUGAGAGCGGCCGCAGCAAAGGCUUUGGCUUUGUUUCCCUCUCAUCCCCCGAGGAGGCCACCAAGGCUGUGACGGAGAUGAAUGGCCGUAUCGUGGGCACCAAGCCGCUUUACGUGGCCCUGGCUCAGAGCAAGGAACAGCGCCAACAAUACCUGGCAGACAGGUACAAGCAGAGGAUGGUCAGUGUCAUGGCAGUGCCCAACCCCAUCAUCAACUCCUACCAGCCUCCUAUUCCACAGGUAAAUCCAAACAAGAGUCCAUACAGAAAAUAAUAUAUCCAA